CCAGAUCUAACCAAAAAAAAGACAGCUGAUCGAUACACAAGUCGUCGUAAGAUUUUUCGUACUUAAGUUAUCAAAUAAAAUCAAAAUAGAAGAUAUAAAAUGUUUACCGCUAGGAUUUUUCGAGCUUCGUCGACCAUCCGAGGAUUAGCAACGAAACCUGAAGAAAUAAGCAACUUAGUUAAGAAAAAUAAAGUCGUUGUUUUUAUGAAAGGAGUACCAGAGGAGCCAAGAUGUGGUUUCAGUAAUGCAGUUGUACAAAUUAUGAGGAUGCAUGGUGUUCAAUAUGAUGCUCAUGAUGUACUUAAGAAUGAAGAUUUGAGGCAAGGUAUCAAAGAUUUUUCAAAUUGGCCAACGAUACCACAAGUAUUUAUUAAUGGAGAGUUUGUUGGAGGUUGUGACAUCCUUUUACAAUUGCACCAGAAUGGAGAACUCGUUGAAGAACUGAAAAAAGUCGGUAUUACCAGUGCACUUUUAAACCAAGAACAAGAAAAAGUUAACUCACAAUCAGAGAAAAGUUCUAAAGAGUAAUCAUUAAUCAACUUGUAGAUAUUUAAUUGUUUGUUGUUAAGGGAAGCUUCAAUAAAAAGAAGUUUUUUCAAAUAUUGAAGCAUUCAUGUCAGCAUGAAAAAGUCAAUUUCAUUGUUUUAUACCAAUGAAUGUUAACUACUCAAGAGGGUGUUUUAAAUAGUUUGUUUUCUUAAGUAGAAAAAGUAUAUCAUAUUGAACAUACAAGUGUAAAUAUUUAAUUAAAUUUAUUCUAAUGAAAACAAAAAAGCCAGUUUUGAAUUAUACGAUUAUAGGAUACAGUUCAUUUUAAUAAGAAACAUCUUUUACCGUAAUAAAUUUGUAAAUUAUCAUGAUUCUUACACCAUAUUGAGCCUUAAAUUCAACUGUAGUCAGUAUAUUUAAAAGAAAUUAUCAAUACAUAAACUACAAAUAGGCUACAAACCUUCAAAAUAACUUUGUCAAUUUCAUAUCAAAAUAACAUGUCAAACAGUUUCUUUUAAAAACAAGUUAAUAUAUACCUAAUGCAUACAUUUAAAGUAACACCACAGAAACAAAAAAAAAUAGAGUUUAAAUUAGAAUAUACCAAAGUAUACUGAAAUUAGAACGCUAAUUACGGAAAACAAUGUACGAACAAAUUCCAAAGUAAAAAAAAGCAAAAAAUUAAUUUAAGCGACAUUCCAUCCCAAGAGGCGAUUCUGCGAAAAACGGCGACAGUUUUAGAAGUACCGGCAAAGGUCGCAUAUCGGGGGAGAAAUCUAGUUAGUUAGGAUCUAGUUCACUUUUCAAGUUUGCCUUGUCGAUUGCCUGGAAGGUUAAUUAAGCGCGAUAAUUUGGCUUUGACGCAUAAUCAGCCGGCGGUCACGGUAAUCUACGCUCGUUAAUUGUCGCUGUAAGGUCGACCGCUGACAUUUUUUUUGUUCCCCUCUAAAUUUUCAGUGUUUAAUAAAACGGAACGUUUUUAGGGAAAUUGUAAACAAAUUAUUUGAAUUUAAUUAAGAGUUCAUCUAAGUUCCUUUAAUUUAAUUAAGAACACUUUCAUGCAGUGAAAAGAAACUGUAAAGUGUUUAUAUUUUCAAUGUUCAUUGUCAAGAUAUUUCGACGUUUUCAAUAAAAACAUUAUUGUCAAGUUGUCUCAUAUUAAUUGUUCAAUCCAA